ACAGAAUUGUUGGUGAGGACGAUGGUGGCACUAUGUUUACUCCUGAACAAUAUGAGGCAUAUAAGAAGAAAUAUAUUCCCAUAGUAUGUUUUAUUUAUUUACCUAGCUUUCAAGCGAAUCAAAAACCGCAUAUUCAUCUCAUGGGUCAAUCCGAAUGGAGUGGAUUGCAUCCUUGCCGGGCCACAGACCGAGUGCUUCUGCCAACACCGCUUAAUUCAACAUCAAACAGACUAUGAGACGCUUCCCUCGGAGAGGCCGAUUCCUGUGCCAUGCAGACAUUGCAAUUGUGCCAGUUUCCACGUGAUGCCAAAGUUUGGAAGUAGGAUCGCCCGAUGUCAUUGUAAGCACAUGGCGACGGAACACAGUGUGAAAGCACCGUUUUUCUGCUCCAAGCCAAACUGUCAAUGCGCAGGUUUCAAGACAAGCAUGCAUUGCGACUGCGGCAUCGAGGCACACAAACAUCACAUGGUGAUGGAGACAGCAGCUGAGCGCCAUGCCCGAGGUCGACCUGUCGGUAAACCGUGUCCGUAUCAAGCAAUGGGUGGCCUGUCCGGAUUCGCCUCGCUCACUCCCGGAAUCGUCCGUAUGGAUGAGAGCGGUGCUGGGGGCUUGCUUACCCAGGAGGAACUGGAAUCACCAAUUACCGCGAAUGAUCAUCCGUUCUUGCGUAUGCACGCUCAAGCUGUAUACGCACACAAGCUGGCCCAAAAUGAUGUGGAGGGUGCUGCAAAGGAACGUCCUGAGGUGGAAUCACAGAUGCGACGACCUGGCGAGUCUGAAUUAGACUACUACGAGCGCAGAUACCAAGAACGAGUGAGUAGUUUGUAA